UCGUGCCUCUGGGGACACAGCUCAAUCUUUGCAAGAGCUGUUUGCUUGCUUGUUUGCUUCCUCCACAGUCUGGAAGUCUUAUCCAUUCCCAGUGCCAGCCAUUAGUUGCAUUGAAUCCGCACUGGUGACCACCUGUUUCCCCUGACGAUAGAGCUCACAAUAACCACAUCGUUGCCGAUCUCCAGUUAUGAGCUCGCCGGUAUAGAAUUUCAUUUCAUGAUAAAGGGGGUGAAGAAACGUCAUGCUGCAGGCUUACUUCCCUUAAAUGGAUACACAGUGAUGCUCAAAUGCCUGAGAAGAUGACCGAGAUGAGAAGGAUGCAGCUCCUGCGCCGACGUCUCAGGAGAUAACAUGCAUCUAAGAUUGACCACAGCCUGUACCUGAAGGUCAAAGGGAAUGUCUUCAUAAACAGGCAAAUCUUUCUGGAGCACAUCCACAGGUUGAAGGCAGACAAGGACCACCUACAAGAAGCUUCUGACUGGCCAGGAUGAGGCUAGCAGAUCUACGACCAUGGAAGAAUGAUAGCACCUGGAGCAGGUCCACCAUGAGCAAGAAAUGGGACUUAAACGCCUCAGAAAACUGGAAUCACACCUGGAGCAGCAAUGACACGCAGCAUUAUUGGUACUCUGAUAUCAACAUCACCUAUGUCAACUAUUAUCUUCACCAGCCUCAAGUGGCAGCAAUCUUCAUUAGUUCCUACUUCCUGAUCUUUUUCCUGUGCAUGGUGGGAAACACUGUAGUUUGCUUUAUUGUAAUAAGAAACAAACACAUGCACACUGUCACCAAUUUCUUCAUCUUAAACCUGGCAAUAAGUGAUUUACUGGUUGGAAUAUUCUGCAUGCCUAUCACAUUGCUGGAUAACAUCAUUGCAGGGUGGCCAUUUGGAAGCAGCAUGUGCAAGAUCAGUGGUCUGGUGCAGGGAAUAUCAGUUUCGGCUUCGGUCUUCACCUUGGUUGCCAUAGCCGUGGACAGAUUCCGGUGCGUUAUCUACCCCUUUAAGCCAAAGCUCACCGUCAAGACAGCCUUUGUCACUGUUGUGGUCAUCUGGGGCCUGGCUAUCAUCCUCAUAUCUCCGUCUGCAGUCAUGUUACACGUCCAAGAAGAAAAACACUACCGUGUAAGACUUGGCUCCCACAAUAAUGAAACCAGCACCGUCUACUGGUGUCGGGAGGAGUGGCCCAAACAGGAAAUGAGGAGGAUCUACACCACCGUGCUUUUUGCCACCAUCUACCUGGCUCCGCUCUCCCUCAUUGUUGUCAUGUAUGCAAGGAUUGGGGCUUCCCUCUUCAAGACUUCAGCACACGGCACAGGCAAACAGCGCCAGGAGCCGUGGCAUGUGUCCAAGAAGAAGCAGAAGGUCAUUAAGAUGCUGUUGACUGUGGCUCUCCUUUUCAUCCUCUCCUGGCUGCCCCUAUGGACUCUGAUGAUGCUCUCAGACUACGCUGACCUGUCUCCUAAUAGACUGCGUGUCAUCAACAUCUAUGUCUACCCUUUCGCCCACUGGCUCGCUUUUUGCAACAGUAGCGUCAACCCCAUCAUUUAUGGUUUCUUCAAUGAAAAUUUUCGCAGUGGUUUCCAAGAUGUGCUCCAGAUCUGCCGAAAGAAAACAACACCCAAGGAAGCCUACGUCCUGAGUGCUAAAAGCAACAUGGUCAUAAACACAUCUGGCUUGCUGGUCCAGGAACCCGCAUCUCAAAAUCCAGGUGGGGAACAUUUGAUGGGUGGAGAAAGGGCUGAAAAUCCAACACAGGAAUUCUUGAUGGAAGAAAUGGGAGGAGGUACUAACAGUAGUGAAGUUUAAAAGGAGCACAGGCCCCCAGUGCUGUCCAGUCUUAUGGUACAUGAACUAUUUAGUGACUUUCAUAUUUCCCCUAAAUUUUUCAAAGUCUGACCAUUCCCAUCUUAACCUUUUAUUUUAUGUGAGUCAAGUAAAUCAAGUGUGCUUAUUUUGUAAGACUGUCAUUCUAUCUGUCUAUCUGCCUGUCCCUCUGUCUUUCCUUCUGUCCUCUGUCAUCUAUCUAUCUAAGACAGUGGUUCUCAAUCUGUAGGAUGCAACCCCUUUUGGGGCAGUCAACCCCUUUCACAGGGGUCGCCUAAGACCAUUAGAAAACACAGAUAUUUACAUUGCAGUUUACAAGAGGAGAAAAGCUACAGUGCCAAGGUAGCAACGAAAUUUUAUGGUUGAGGGUUAGCACAGCAUAAGGAACUCUAUUAAAGAGCUGAGGCACUGGGAUGGUUGAGAACCACUGAUCUAGAAGGACACACAUCUCCCUAAAUUGUGAGAAAUGUAAUGUGUAUGAAAGCACAUUUUGUCAAUUCUCCAACUGGCUUUGGAUUUACAAUUUUAGAGUUACUAAUGUGUUCUGCUUCUUAAAUGGGCUUAGUCUUUUAAGAAAACAUUUGGACUAUCUGAAGUCUUUGCUACCAAUUUCUCACUGCUGCAGAUUAAUCUAGGUUCCUCUGGAAGCAAGAUGGUGUAGGUCAGUCAGUAAUAAUGUCCCUGCUCACUUCACUUUGUAUGUUAGAACUGCGGUACCAAGCAAGGGGACACAGAUUUUUCUCAAUUUAAAAAGUUUUUUUUUUCUUUGAAAAGUAAGAAAUCAAAAUAGUCCAUAGAAAUCACUGCUGAGGUUGGAGAGACAGCUCAGUGGCUUAAACCAUUUAUGGAUUUUGUUGAUCAACUCCCAUCACCCAUAUGGUGGCUCACAACCACCCAUAACCUAAAUCCAGGAUAUUGGAAUUCUCUUUAGACUUUUACAGCUACCAGGCACAGAUGUGGGGCAGAUACACACAUGCAGCAAAAACACUUGUAUACAUGAAAGCUAAAUACAUCUAAGAAAGUUCUUAAAAGAAAUUACUGUUGAUUUUUUAUUAUAUUCAGAGUUUGAGAUAUGCAUUUUAACAGAAUGUUCAAGCAAAAGGAGAAAUCCUUUCAUAGUGCAGCAGGUGUCAGGGAGUGCCACGUCUUCCUUCUCUUUGAAAGAGUGACAUCAGAGCUGCUUGGUCAUCGUCCCAAGAAUUCCCUGACUAUAGACAAAGCAAGGAGUCUUCUCUAAACUUCCUACUGGAACCAAUAUUUAAAUAUAUCAUUCAUAGCUUAGUAAGUUAGCACUAAGGUAUAAGAGAGACUUGAUACUCCCCUGCUCCCACUAUUCAGUGAAUGAUCUGAAGUGCUAAGUCCAUCUGGGGUGAGAUCGGUUCCCAGGAAGUUGAACAUUACAAAAAAUGGUUUCUUUGGCAGUUAAGAAUAAAUCCUGGACACUGAGAUACCUUUUCUCUUUGCAGUCAUUGCUGUAGUUCAAGUUGAACGGUUCUCAACAGGCCAGCAAGAUUUAAUUAUCCAGGUUUGAUCUAAAUUGACUUAUGACUUGUUCCCUGCUGCCAUCAGGGUGUGCAGCUCUCUGAACCUCUAGCUUAGAAAUUCCUCCUUAUAUUCUGGACUUCCUGAACUUCUGCUUAUAGUUGAUGAAAUGGAACAUUACAAAUUUUUCAUUAGAGAUUAUAACUUGCUCAUGGCAUUGUGACCGGGAUAGACAGUUGACUAGUUCUCAGAACUCUUCCAAAGCCCUUCAUUCCCUUCUUCCUGCACUUUGUCAGCUGUGUUCCUCACUGCCUCCUUCUUAGUGCUUGUGGUACUCAUGACAGUAAUCUGCUGCUGUGGUCUUGGCACUUUUAACUCUUUCUACAGUUGGCGAAAUUGUCUUUCUUAAGUAGAGAGAGUUUGUUCUCCAGUGUGAAAUGCUCCUGGAAGCUCCAUUAAACCAUGUGCAAACCCCAGGCUAGCCAAGGCCUGCCCCGUAUCUGCUCUUUCUAUCUCUGACAAAAAUUAUUUUCUAAACUCUUAUCAAACUAAGAUGCUUACCUUUGAUUGUUUGUGCUUUGUUCUUACUAUAUUUUUUCUUUUUCAACUUUCUAUGUUACUAUUGUUUAACAUCUGUUCAGAAGAGUCUCCUCCAGAAGCCUGUCUACAUUCCUAGGGUAGACAGCUCCAUCUUCAUUCCAGCACAUCCAUCACAUACAGAUAAGACACUUUGCUUUUAAUAAACUGGAGCAACUGAGGGAAGGCUGGAGAACACCAAAACAUCCAAACAUUUGUACUUAACAUUUGGAUUAUGGGAUUAUAGAAAACUGAACACCUGCUAGGGUAAGACUUUGGACAGAUAUAUUUUCCAAAGCUAAAUUUUCACAUUUGCAAGACUAGAAUCACGGUGGUCUUACCCAUUUGCUAUUCUGUGAAUAUCACGUGAUGUGAGAGAGAAGCUUGUAAGAUGAAAAGCAGAGCGAUCAGCAUUUAGUAUGAGGAAACGACAUUUUGAUUGGGCUGUAGUUACAAUAAUAUAACAAAAUAAUAAUCUUAACACCAUGCAUGUAAAGCAAUUUUCAAAACGCUCUUUAAGCCUCACAGAAGCACUUUGAAGUAUAUGCUGUCCCCAUUUUUUAGAGAGCGGAACCAAGUGCAUAGUCGUUGGUUUUCCCAAUUCUUUUAAAUGCAUUAUCUUGAAUAUCUGUGGGAGGGUUAUGCACAUAGGUGACUGCAUAAAGGAGACCAGAGCAGGGUGUCACAUUCCUGAAGUUUGAGUUAAUAUGUGGUUUUGAAUCACCUGGUGUGGGCAAUGGAAACCAAACGGGUUCACUGGAAUAAUAGCAAGUGUUCUUAACAGCCCGUGGACCUAAAAUCUUAAGGCUUAAGCAUUAUAAAAAGAAAACUAAAAGAGAUUGGGAGGUCAAUAUAUGUAAUUCAAAAAAUAUUUUAACACUGGUAUCAUCUUUGUGUCAUAAUGAACUUAUUUUAGACUAACCCAUAACAGCUUUUUUAAUAGCUAUUUUUCUGACUGUAAAGUUAAUAUCUUUUAUUUGAAUUUUGGAGAAAUACAGGCGAUACCAUGAAGAGAGUAAAUUAUAUAUGUCUUUUUAUAAAGGAGAACCACCAGCUUAAAGAUUUAUUCUGUCCGUCCUCAAGGUCAGCACCUUACACCUCAUCUCCAUCAGCAGCAAACACCUUUAGAAGACGGGAAAUGAUGGGACAGACAAUUACCACACAGGGAGUAAUGAGACAGGCCAAUUUUGAAACACUUUCGACCUUUACUAUGCUUUCUCACGGUUGUCAGUGCAUAGCCCGCACCUUGGGGCUGGGUGUCUCAGUGUAGCCUCACACCGUGCACAUUUCUUCCUUCAACUUUGCUACUCUGAGAAUUGAAAACACAGUUGAAUGGACUGCUUUGCUUACUGGCUAGUACAGUUGAACAAUGCUCUUUAUUUCUAACUGAUUUAUACUUCUUCCAAUUCUGUGGCCACUUCCUCAGCUUGUUUUGUCUUUUGAGCUUUAGGCUGUCAGUCCUCAGUGAUAGGCAGAAAUUAUUACCUCAUUGCAUCGAAAACAUCCCAGUUUGUUUUUGAUUAGUGUUGCUUUUGUCUUGGUAAAACCCCCAGAGUGUUUGCUAGCGCACUUACUUGUCUGCUUUUCUGUCCUUACCGACUCCUUGACAUCCUCUGAACCCACCACUCAAUCUGUCACUCCUUGGCCACCUGGCUAGUUCCUCUUUCCCCUCUCAGGUCUUCCCAAAGCCUCCUUUGUGAACCCUGGAUUUCUCAUCUGUCUUCUGCCACCUGCAGUCUCCCCAUUUCCCUUCAUGUGCUGCCUCCUCUUUCUCCAGGGCUCAGCUCAAACCUCACCUGCUCAUUUUUCUCCACAGGAGAUUUCAUUAUUGCUAAUAUCUUAAAAUUUCAAUUACAUACUUCUGUAAUAUCUAUAUUCCCUACCAAACAGAAAACUGUAAGGCAAAGAUUUUUAUCUCAUAUUUCAUUUAAUUCUGAGUCCCUAAGAGGGUACUUGGCAUACAAUAGGCACAUGAUAAAUAUUUAUUGAAAAAUAAAUUAAACAGUUACAAAUACCUUCUUGGCUUUAGCUUAUUAAUUAUGUACAAGUCAUAUUUUAUUUUCCUUUGUUGAAGGAAAUCCAGAAUUCAAUUGAAGUAUUAGGUAAUUCUGAAAUGCAAAUUAAGUAAAAUGAAAAUCAUUCAUUAUCCCACUUUCAUACAGCAAUAAUCAUUUUGUCACUUUGGGGCCUGUGUGCAUGCUUUCAUUAAUAAGGAUAUGAUUUUAUGAUAUAUGUUUUAUACCUAUUCUAUUAGUUUAGUGUGUCACAGAUAUGUUUCCAUGUUGUUUAAGAGUUUUCCAAAUAUUUUAUUAAUUUCAAUGUUAUUCCAUUAUUUAAUAAGUUGCUCUGUGGCUGAAAAUGUCACUAAAGUCUUUAUUUUGUAGAAUGUGUAAUUAUGUAAAAUUCUCAUAACACUAAUCAUAUUCUAGCAUCUCAGAAUAGACUGUGAAGAAACAAAAUUGCUUGGCUAAAAUGUAUUUCUUAAUAUCUUAAUAUUCAUUGUAAGAUUCUGCUUAAUUCUUUAGAAGCACUUUAUAUCCAUCUGAGGUAUAAGAUAAUUUGGUCACAUAUGCUCUCAAAUAUUGCAUAUUCUAGAAAGCAUAUUUUUCCAAACAACUUAGUGAAAAUACCUUACCUCAUGUGUUUUGAUUUAAAUGUUUAAUAUUUCCUGCCAGCUCAUGUGUUUGAAUACUGGUACCAUAAACCUAUUUAGAAUGUCUUGUAAAGUUUGGGGAGUCUUGGGGCCAUAGGUCAGGUAGCAGAAGUAGGUUACUGGGAAGCAAUCAUGAAGAUGCUAUCAACUUCUGCUUCUUGCUCUCUGCUGCCUGACCCACCAAGUAUAAACAAACAGUGCAGGAAGGUCCUGCUAUUGUGGACCAAGCAGUUUGAAGUGUUGUAUCUUUCCGCCUAAUGGACUGUAACCUUUGGAACUGUGAGCCAAAUAAGCUUUCUUAAGUAUUAAGAUGCUCUAUUGGGUACUUUAGUCACAGUAGUUGAGAAAAGUAACACACACACACAU